AUGCUCUGGUUCCAUAGCUCAAAUUCCGAACAAACCUAUGUUAUUUUGAUCCUGGGUCUAGCAGGUGAUGGGAAAUCCAGCUUUAUCAACGCUGCCACCGGGAAGCAACAGGCCGCAACGUCCAAGAGCCUUCAGCCUUGCACAACCGCGGUGAAGGACUUCGUCUGCAAGCGCUCUGGCUCCAAAUUCGUCUUCAUCGAUACGCCAGGGUUGGACCUAGACGAAGGGAAAGAUGUUGAUGCUAGCGUCGGACGCAUUCUUGCAAGAUACAAACGCUCCUAUGUGGAUGCGAUAAUAUACCUCCAUCAUUCAACUCGGAAGGUCAUCACGCGGCCACCUGAGCCAAGCAGCGUAGUGACUAAAUUUCAAACCCUGUGUGGCCCCGCCUGGCGAUCACGUACGAUCCUCGCCGUGAUGGGGGACACUGCCGACACUGUUCGGCUGGAAGGCGCUCUUCAGGCCAUCUACUUUUCGGGUAUAAAGGUUGCACCAUUUACCAUCAACGUUCAGGGCGGUGGAGAUGCGUGGAAUGUCCUUGACCAAGUUAUUACUGUGAAGUAG